AUGGAGCCUAUUCCUCCGGAUCUGUUCAAGGAGGCCUAUUUAGGCCCACAGGUUCAAAUCAACGAACUGCCGUUCAAUCGUCCAGGUCCCCAGCCAUCGAAUCUUCGACGGGCCAAUACAGUCGCCCAAGGCGGCAAUAUAAUCAGACGAAAUCUAGAAUUGAAGGCCGCGCGUGAGAAAACAGGCCUGCGCGCCAAGGACAGCCAUGAGAUUCUGCGACACCAGCUGCAGCGGUCCCAAACGCAUCGAGGACCGCUAGAGGCGCGUCCACCCGGAAGGAAGGCCGGCCAUUUCACAGUAGGAAGCGUCGGCCAAAAUGGCAAAAUCUUCCUCAGACCGAUUGCCAAUCCGCCGCAGAAAGGCCCACAGCCCGAGCCCUUUGCCCCUGUCGAGACCGCAAACCCCAAUCUCCUUCAGCCGCAGCGUCAUGCACCCGUCCGCGAGGAUCCGUCCAGGUGGUCGAGCUCGCAGCUCUCAGAGUUACGCCCGCGCGAUGACCAAGGCCCCGAUCCCGAGUUCGUCUAUUCCGAAUCCCCUGCGCCCGAGCUAGAGCUAUCGAUCCAGCAGCGCGCGAGACCGAACUCCUUCUCGACGCUCUCCGAGCAGCAGUCAACCACUGGUGCAGGCGCUGGGAAGCGGGGUGAGCUUCGGAUAGUGAUUGAUAGAUCGGAGGACCGGCCCCGGUCCGCAGGUGAGAAGGCAGCCCGCGCACUGGAGGUCCCUAUUCCUCGUGCUCGACUUGGGACCCCGCGGUUCAAUGCCGAAGGCGGUGCAAUGCUGCAGAGCUCGGUCUACUCGCGAACUUCUAUGUCGGACAACUUUCGAAACUCUACCUUGCUCGGGGGCAUGGCAGACCCCUUACCGGGUCUGCUACAGAGUCCCUAUGCCCGCGAUUCUUUCUCGCGGCAUCGGCCUUCUUUUGCCGUGUCCAUGUUUUCGGGCACUGCUGCGAUUGAUCUGAGUCGCGCUUCGCCGAUUCCGAGGAAUUCCAUGGUCUAUGAGUUGCGGGAGCCGGUUGAACCGUCUAUUUACGAAACGUUGGUCUAUGAUAUGGAUGAUGGUUCUGUUGUUCGGUACAUUCCUGGUACAAAGGAUAUCAGCGCUGCUACGCCGGCUCGCAUUGUCGCGCAAAUCUCCUCUGAAUCUUUUAUGGACUAUGAGUUGGUUUCAGACUUUUUCCUGACCUUUCGUUCAUAUCUCUCUGCCUCACAUCUUUUGGCUCUUCUUCUCGCGCGGUUGCAAUGGGCGAUUCAUCGGUUACAAGACGAUGGCCGCAUUAUUCGAAUCCGAACAUUUGCGGCUUUGCGUCAUUGGAUCCUGAAUUAUUUUGUUGAUGACUUUGUCACGAACUAUGAUCUCCGGUCCCACUUUUGUGAUACCAUCAACGCGCUGUACCAAAACGUCAAGGCCCGCGAACAUGGCGGUACGAGUGAUCGGAAAAUUCUCAUUGAUCUCAAGCGAUGCUGGAACGGCAAGUGCUCGGUCUAUUGGUCUUCUCCUGAUCUGGCUCGCGCCUACAAUGACUCCGAUGUUCCUAUUGUACCUGGAAGCGCCCAGAUCGACUUACCCAACGCCGAUGAGUUGGACCAAAACGUUCCACUUCCUGGCACAACUCCCCAUGCCGAUACUACCUUCCACGAUAGCUCUCCCCGCGCCGCGGCGCAUGACCGAAACGACUCCGCCGCAACGGCACAAAGCAUUCCAUUCUCCACGAAGAGCGAACAAAGCGUUAUGGCGCUUUCAUGCUCACUACCUCCCAAAUCACCGCGACGCCAGUCUAUGUUUGCCUCGAAGGGCAAGGCGCCCCGCCCUGUUAUAUUGGGUAACCUCACAAAAAUCAAAUCCCAAACUCCAUCUCACGAACGACCCAUGUCCCCUAUCUCGCCCAUGGUAACACGACACCCAUAUCACACGCAUGGCCAUAAAAGGAGCGGAAGCUUCUCUGACUCGGUUCGAGAUGAUCGAUUGCCAAUAUUUGCCACAGAGCAAGAUAGCGGCACUGUACCACAGGAGAUGUUGGAUCCAGUCAGUUUAAUUCGCGGCGAGCUGUUUCCUCCCGCGGAAUCAUACAUGGCCAUGAUGGCACCAGAUUCGCCUCCUCUCCCUCCGCCAUCAAAGAAUGCAAACCCAGAUCGUCGAAGCACGCCAGAUGUACCGAAGCCGACUGCUAACUCCGGAGUGAGGACCAUCAUUGGUUCGAUCAAGCGAGCGCUGCACACCAGAAAUGGUGGCCAGAGUGUCUCUGCUCGCAUUGCGAAUGCGUCCGAGGCUAUUUCUUUGCCAUCCCGGGGGAAAACAUCUGCAAUGCCAACCGGUAUGGCUUUUGGUUCGGAGUAUUACCGCGAAAGGAAGAUGGCUGCUGUUCCCAAGCGUCCUGCUCGGAUUGAUAUACUCUGCGACCAAGUGUUGCAACAAUAUCGCCAGGCUAUGAACAAAGACGAACCACAAGAUGCUCAGGUACCCGCUCCAUCUGACUUCCAAAUGACGCUGCAGGAGCCUGCUUCCAACGCUGCUAAUCUUUCGCCUCUGGAAACUCCCAGAGCUGAGUCGAAGCUCAAGAGUGGAAUUACCAUGGGUAGUGGGUCGAUUGUUAUUGUGGAUGAUACCGGUUUUGAAAUGCCGUUCAUGUCAGGAGCGGCGCCGGAGCCGACUCUCAACCUCGAUGAUCUUACUUCCGAGCCUACCGCGCCGACAGAGUACGAGCCUUCAACACAGUCCAUACCGGUGGAAGGGGAGUAUCUGCGUCCGAUUUGUUACAAUGCCGACGAAUCUGGGACAGCUAUUUCGAAUCAUCUUCCUCCUGCGCGUCCUCUCACGCCACACAGAUCUUUUUCGACGACGCGUGGAUCUACAACAUCGAAGAAAAAGAACUCUCUUGCGUUACGGCUUCGAAAGUAUGCAUCAUUCCAGAGUGGCAUUUCAAGACAACGCUCCUCUCAGAGUAGCGAGGCAGGUCAAUCAAGCGUUGGAUCAGAAGCAGCGCAGGAUCAGAAUGGGAAGCACUUGGGACCGGCUCUUCGUAGGCGGCCAGGUGGAAACUUGCGUCAAAUGCAGACUGGUGAUGAUCUCGAGGAUCACCCAACCCGUGACUCGUUUGGUUCCUGGGAUGAUUCCAUCGCGGACACUGCGCCUUCUGAGAGUGAUGUCUCUAGGCCACCAUCCACCCUGAUUCCUCCCAAUCCUCGGUUCUCGCUCAUCCAGCCGCGUUCUUCUCGGAAAAUGAGACGUUCUUUUGAGUCGGUCAUUGCGAAGUUUGCGCAGAUUCCUGAUGACGAUGAUGGUGGUGUUGAAUCUACUCUGUUGAAACUGGAGGGUAAAUGGGAUGGCCCAGGUGGUGCGAAUCGGAACUCUACCUUUGAGCAAGCUGAGGCAUCUCGAAAUGCUCACCGAGAACAAGCUAUGGCCCCGCAUGGUCUCGACACUACGAAGUCUCAACUUGAUUGGGAUGUUCUCACUCGCAGAAGACAGACGGACAAGUCGAGGUAUUCUACUGUUGGCGGUCAUCUGGCGCCACCGAGGCCAUACUCUGACUCCGUGGCCGAGUCUGAAGAGUCCUAUAAUUCAAUUCCGCUUCUUGAGCGAGGGUUGAGUGAUGAGUCCAUGAAACGACCGCCGACAAGCCAGCCGGCUAACUACGAUCAAUAUGGUGCUCCGCUCAGUCUCAUUUCCAGCCGGGAUACAUCUGAUAUUGCUUCUUCGCACCCAUCGAUUCAGAUCGUCCAUGAAACAGAGAGCAUUCGACGGAUUCCUCGCGGCUCGACUGUUCCCGCGUCGGGAUUACUAGAUGAUGGACAAGUUACUCCGAAGCGCUUGUCAGCUCUUUCCUCUGAGAUAUCGGUCGAUAUCAUUGAUCCGAAUGAAGCUACGGGGCCACGACAAUCGACUGAGACUCGUAGUCUGAACUCAUCUACUGUCGAGAUUCCACCGCAUCCCCUGGCGCACCCUCCCUCCCCGCCUAUGACCAUUCAACAUCCGGGCUCGUUCACUUCCUGCACCUCGCCAAUGGAUAAGGUCUUGUUCCAGACUCAUCCUCUUACGCCCGAGACAUCCCCCAGGCACAAAGAUAUGACAGCCAUUGCUCAACGCCCGAUCAAUGUACAGCAGAUCUCGAGCAAUGUCUUAUUCAAUUCUGAAAACUACCAUCCCGCACAAACUCCCAUCACCAUCUUGACGCCCGAUCACGUCCCCUUCAUCCUCGCUUGCGAAUCCCAAGUCCUCGCCCACCAAUUGACCCUGAUAGAAAUGGCCGCGCUAAGCGAAAUCGACUGGCGAGACCUAGUCGAGAUGAAAUGGAGCAACGGCUGCCCCCUAAUCUUAAACUGGGUCCAAUUCCUGACAACGGAAAAACGCAAAGGCAUCGACCUAGUCGUCGGCCGUUUCAACCUAAUGGUGAAAUGGAUCCUCUCCGAGAUCGUACUGACUCGCGAUAUCAACGAACGAGCCCGCACAAUCGUCAAAUACAUCCACACCGCCGCGCACGCACGUCGCAUCUGCAAUUACGCCACCAUGCUCCAGAUCGCCAUUGCGCUGUCCUCAUCUGACUGCACACGCCUGACGAAGACAUGGCAGCUUAUUCCCCUGGAAGAUAAGCGUUUGUUCAAGGAUAUGGAAUGUCUCAUCCAGCCAGUGCGCAACUUCAACGAUUUGCGCGUCGAGAUGGAGACGGCCAAUCUACAGGAAGGAUGCAUUCCUUUUAUCGGUCUAUAUGUGCACGACCUUACCUAUAACGCUCAGAAACCCGCCCAGAUCAGCAGUAGUGACGGAGGUCUACUGGUCAACUUCGAGCGGUAUCGCACUGCUGCUCGCAUUGUGAAGAGCUUGCUUCGGCUCAUUGAUGCCAGCACCAAAUACCGCUUCCAGCCUGUUCAGGGUAUCAUUGAGCGAUGCUUGUGGAUUGGUUCCCUCCCUGAGGAGGAGAUCCAAGCUCGCAGCAAGGCACUUGAAUAA